GCUAAACGUAAUGGUUGGUUUGGUUGUGCGGGUCUGAAAGAAGACUUGAAAAUUAAGGUCCUUCGCAUGGCCAAUUGUCACUGGUUAGCGUUGACUCCAAAAGUCUUUCCUUCAGAACUUAAUUUCCAAAAUGCUAUCAUGAAUUAUCACUACAUAUACAAAUGCCCAUUUCAUUUCCCACCUCCUCACCAAUCACCUCCCCCAUCAUCUGCAAUGUCUACGCCACUGGAAUACUAUAAAUCUCUACCACCAGUGAGCAAGGUCUAUGGAGUCGCUUGCCUGAUGACCACAGCAGCAUACCAUCUGGAGCUCUAUAACUACAACAACAUAGCCCUACAUUAUGGACUCGUACUAAAACGUUUUCAGGUCUGGAGGCUCAUCACAAACUUCCUGUUUCUUGGGAUAUUUUCAUUCAGAUUUGCUUUUCGCCUUUUUAUAAUAGCAAAAUAUGGAGUUUUGUUAGAGAGGGGACCCUUUGACAAGAGGACAGCAGACUUCUUAUGGAUGUUGAUCUUUGGAGCACUGUCACUAUUGGCACUGGCUGCAGUUCCAGCUCUAUGGUCUCCAUUUAUGGGGGCAUCCCUGGUCUUUAUGAUUGUCUAUGUUUGGGGCCGCGAGUUCCCAAAUGCACUAAUCAAUAUAUAUGGCCUUGUGUCAUUGAAGGGGUUCUAUCUUCCUUGGGCAAUGCUUGCACUGGAUUUGCUUUUUGGAAAUCCAUUAAAACCAGAUAUCCUUGGGAUUGUCGUGGGACAUCUCUAUUACUUCCUAACAGUCCUGCAUCCUCUAGCUGGUGGAAAAUACAUCUUCAAGACUCCCCUUUGGGUUCACAAAUUGGCUGCGUACUGGGGUGAAGGAGUACAGGUGAACUCGCCGGUGCAGCGUGAUCCGGCCGCCGGAGUUGCUUUCCGAGGAAGAAGCUUCCGUCUGGAUGGGAGGCACACACGCCCUCAAGCAACACAAUCAAGCGGUGGUCCUCCGGAGCAGCCCGAUGCACCCGCCGGAGGUGCUUUUCGUGGAAGCAGCCAUCGUCUUGGCGACAAUUGACUGAUUCACCGUAAAUUACAUGGUAGGUUCAUAGAUUUUGUCAUAGGAUGCCAUGAAUGAGGGAAUAUAUAUAUGUCUAUUUUCUUUUCAUUUAGAAAAUACAUCUUCAACUUACUUUGCAGAAAACCUUCAAGCAUGAUUUGUGUACAAUGCUGAAGUAAAUCUCAAUGACUAGCCUUGGGGAAGACUACAACUAGUAAUGAUAUAUAUCUGUUUGGAUAAAA